AUGGCAAACCACCCAAUCCCCGACCUCUCCACCCUCCUCUCCUCUUCCCAAAUCUUCUCCUCCGCCUACCCCCUCCCGCACAUCCGCGCCAUCCACAAGGCCCUCCAUGCCGAGAUCGACGACAAGCAGUCGCGCCUGCGCACCCAGGUUGGCGGCUCCUACCGCGAGCUGCUGGGCACCGCCGACACCAUCGUGCAGAUGCGGGGGGACAUGGAGUCGGUGCAGCUCACGUUGGGGCGCAUGGGUUCCAAGUGCGGCAGGCAGGUGGUGAAGGAGAAGAUGGAUGGACUUAAAAGCUGGGAGGAGGCUGAUGGGGUUGCUACCAUGAGGAGAAGAGAGGCGGCGAGGGUGAAGAUAUUGGAGGGGUGCGUGUUGGGGGUGCAGAAGUUGUUGAGACGGGAGGAGAAGAAAGUUAGGGGGGAUAAUCAUAAGAGGAGAGGCGGGAAGGUGGCAGAGGAGAAAGAAGUGAUGGCCAUGUCCAAGGGGGACAAACUGCUGCUUGCGACCAAGGUUUGCGUGCUGGGGAAAUUGUUGGUCAAGACUCUUGAGCGGGAGGGGGGGAUUCACCAUGACGAGGCAUUGAGGACGGCGGUCAUGUCGGCUAAUCGAUCGUUGGUCGUCCUCCGCGAUAGACUCCUCCGAUGCAUCGACAGCGUUUUGGUCAGCGUCAACGAGAAACUCACGCCGCGCAGUGAUCUCCUCAAGGCGUUGAGCGCGUAUGGUCUGCACACCGGCUCCGGGGCGCGGGAUACCCUUCGGUAUUUUCUCCGAGUCAGGGGGAACGCACUGGCCAUGUCCAUCGGAAACUGGGAGGGACAACAGCAGCCAUCAUUGCCAGCAUCAGCGGCGGUUCGAACACCCAAGGACAUCCUCAGACGACUUAACCUGUACGCCAAAACGCUGCAAGACGUGCAAGCCCUGACGCCCAGCAAGCUCGCGGACGCGCUCGCAGGACUAAAGAAGAAGGCGCUUUUGGCGGAUGACGCCCUCCGCGCCAUUGAGGGGUUGAGGCUGGACAUCUACUCGCGCUGGUGCGGCGACGAAAUCCGGUACUACACGCCCUUCAUCCAGCACGACGAUUUACAGCCUCAAGACGUCAACGGCCUGUUGUUCGAAUGGGCCCCCGUGCACCGCGACAUUUUUAUCGAUGACCUCGGCAAGACGGUAAAAUCCAUGGGCGAGCUCAAGGCCAUUGUCGAUUUGCGGACUUCGGUCCUCCGCCUUUGGAUCGCCGAGAGCUCGCGCGUUCGGUACGAUUACAGCCCGGAUGAUGACGGCGAGAAAGACGAUGGCGACAUACGGGAAAGCACCUCCAUGUUCAACCAACUCCGCUCCACAAUCAACGACCAUUUAUUGUCGGUAAUCGACACCAAAGUCCACAAGCUCCGCCUUGUCGGCUCCGAGGCCUCCGCCGCACUGGCCGCCUGGCGCGAGGGAACCACAGACACGCACCUCUCCCUCUGGGACCCGUCCACCUUUUCGGGCAUCGACCUCACCGUCCCCUCCGGUUCUAGCACCGGUGGUAAUGGCGGUGGAGGUGCCGCCGCCCAAUUCGCCACCGAAGUGAUCUCCCGCCUCUACGGCCGCAACGACGCCGUCUCCAAAGCCGUGGCCUCGUAUAAGUCGUGGUUCCACGUAAUCGACGACGUCGGGUCCGUAGUCGAGCAGCUCCGCCGCCAACGCUGGGAAAACGACGGCCUCGAUGAUGAUGACGACGAGCAGGACAUGAUGAUGGUGGAAGACGAAGAGACGAUCGAGCAGCGCCAGCAGCUUCUCUCUCGAGAAGAUCCCGAACGAUUGACUAGCCACCUAAGCGAUUCCUUGGUCAAGGCGUUCGCUGCGCUGGACGAGCAUCUGACGGAUCUCUGGGACAAGAAAAAGCAGCAAAAGGAGGUGGCAGGGCCGAAUAAUAACGGGCAGGUUGCCAUGUAUUUGCUGAGGCUGCUGCGCGACAUUCGCAGCCGCUUGCCGGAGCAGCAGCAGCAUGGCCAUGACGAGGGCAAGGGAAUUAGAAAGUUUGGGCUGCGGACUAUUCCCUCUCUGCACUCGUUGCUUGCCAAGACCGUGCUGGUUAGUCCCGUCGAUGAGUUCGUCACUGUCGCGCUAGCCCGAAAGAGCGUGGUCGGCCGAGGGCUGUGGGAAGGAAGUCCCGAGUUGCCUACUUCGCCGUCACCAGGCAUGUUCCGGUUCCUGCGAAACUUGUCGGCGGCGAUGGCGGAUGCGGGAGCGGACUUGUGGAGUCCGGCGGCGGUGAGGGAGCUGAAGAAGGAGGUGAGAGGGGAAGUGUGUAGGGUUUGGUUGGAGGCUGCUAGGGGAGUGUUGAGUGAGGUGGAAGAGGCGGCGAAGGAGAGCAGUGAAGUGAAAGUGGAGGUGGAGGGGGAGAAGAAGGAGGCUGAGGGCGAGGGUGAGAAGAAGGAUGACAAGGGCGGGGAACUUGGGGAAGAAGAAGGUGGCGAGAGCGAUAAGGGCGCGGAAGGGGAGGAAGAGAAAGAAACAAAGCAAGACACCGAGGAAGCCAAGCCAGAAGAAGAUGACAAAUCUUCAGAACAGCAAGCCAAAGCAGAAGCUAAAGCCCUCAUAAGACAAGAAGACGACGAAAAAGCCAGCCAACAGCGCCGCGACCUCUUCGUCCAAUGGCUCUUGGACAUCAUCUACCUCGGCAUCUUCCUCGACGGCAGAAACGGCGAUUUCAACGAGAUCGCCAACACCGUCUUUCAGCACUCUGGUCUGGCCCCGGGGGAUAAGGGGAGGCUGGUCAAGGCGGCGCAGGAGUACUAUAAGAGGACGCAGUUGUUGUUUGGGUUGUUGACAUAA